GUGUGAGAAAACUGUAAUACGUAUUGUAUUUAUGAAAACAGCCAAGACAAAAACUUUUAUUUUUGUGCGUAAUCAAUUGAGAAAACCCAAGUAAAUAGCGAAAAAGUGUACAUACCAUUACCAAAAUUGAAUUAAUGGUGGAAAGACUCUAUAGUUUCCAGAAAACUUUGUAUAUUAGUUGAAAAGAAAAACACCCGUAGAAACCUACACUGAUUGAUUGUGUUUUAAAAGUUACAACACAACAAAAUGGAAGGAAUUUAGACGUUGAAACCUAAAUUAAAACAAACUUGUGUAUGUGAAAUGUUUGGAAACAUAAAAUUAAUAAGCAAAAUAUUUUAUUAAAAGACUAUAGCAAAAUUCUCGUUAAUUACAAUAAGUAGAACUAUAUAUUGUGUAUAUAUGGUGGAUUUAAAUAAAUAAGAAAAAAAAGAAUUAUUUACUAAUGUUUUUGUGUUAGUGUACAAAUGAACCCCACAUGCGAACAAACACACGCAUAUUUGUUCAAACAAUUGAAAAAAUCAGAAAUUAUUGUAGUCACAACUAAAUAUGCAGAAAGACACAAAACAUUUUUGUUGAAGCAACGUUGAUUGAUAAAAUAUCGGACAAAGUAGAGAAUAGUAAUAUCAAAAAAAGAAAUACGUCAGUCAAAUCAUAAACAAUAUGUACAAAUUUUUUUAUAACCAACCUGAGGCCAGCAAGGCCCGAUCUCAGUCCGAAAGUAGCGAUGAUGAUGUCAAAAUACAAUCAGCGCGAAAAAUAUCAUUAGAUAUACCUCUUCGUAUUCCAACACGGAAACGCAUUUUAAGUGCAUCUCGUGUCGUUGGGUUAGCUGGUGGUGUACGAGGACGCAGCAAAAACAAAGAUGUGAUUCGGCGUUGGAACUCUUUUCAUUCAACCCGCGCACAUUCCACGGAAUGUCAUCCUAAUCGUUUUAAAAAUCCACGACGAGCAAAGUCGCCUUUUCGCAAUAUGCAAGUCGAAAGUGUUUUUGAGCAUCGAGAAAUUCCUCUCAUAGACGAUGACGACAUUGUCAAUCGCGAAUCUCGGUACGAUGAAACAUUAUUGCACAUUAUUGAAGAUAAGAAAGCAAUAGAUAAGUGUGAAAAUAUCACAACACCUUCAAGAGCAUGGGCUUUACGACGUGGUCAGUCUCUCGCCGACAGAUUGUCAGCAGGAGCAUCAGCGGGUCCACCAGUAUCUCCACAAAGACGGCUUUCGUGUUUCGGAAAACGGAAUGGAGGUAGUGUCCGAAGACCAAAUGAGUGCUUUGUUCUGGAAACAUCUGAAAUGAUAGUGAUCGACUAUCCAGAAAAUACAAAUUUACACCAUAUCCCUUCCUUGACAGUACCUGUUUUAAAUUCGUCAGCUAGUAUAACGACAUUAAGUGGAAUUACAACUGCAUCAAGCUCGACAAAUAGUAUCACCAAUAGCAGCUCCUUGCAGUUGCAACAUCAACCACAUAAUUCAUAUCAGUAUCAUACUCGAAGUAGUUUAAGUGGAAAUUCAAACAACAACUGUGGCAUAAACAUUUUUAAUGUUGGACAUAACAACAGUCUCCGAACUACGACUGGUGUUGUAGAUAAUAACAUGGACCCACGUGAACACAGUCAACAUCAUAUUAGACAGCUUUUAUCUGGCAAUAGUGGUGUUAACAUUGUUUUUGAUGAGAAUAAUUACCAGAGUGGUCCACAAAUUCGUCCAGAUUUGUAUCAAAAGUGUAACAGAGGAUCGCAUUCUAGUGAUACAAGCUCCGCAUAUAGUGGUUCCGAUACAAUGACCUCUGUUCAUAGUUCUUCGUUAGAUGCCGAUGAGGUGGACCUCUCAGGCCUUGUAGAGUCCGUCGUGGACUCUGAUGAAGAUGACUUAGCUGAGAGUAUGGAUAGUCUAACUGUACGAGAUACUGUUCGUGAAUGCCUUGAAAAGGAUCCUUCAGACCGGACUGUAGACGAUAUUGAAACCCUAUUAGAAUUUACUCAAAAGCUAAAAGCUUUUACAAACAUGACAUUAGCCGUGCGACGUGCUCUUUGUUCUGUUAUGGUAUUUGCGGUUGUCGAGAAAGCUGGUACGAUUGUAAUGAAUGAUGGCGAGGAGCUGGAUUCUUGGAGUGUUUUGAUUAAUGGACAUGUAGAAAUCGAACAUAGCAAUGGUGAAACGGAACACCUGCACUAUGGGGAUGACUUUGGUAUUUUGCCGACUAUGGACAAGCUAUAUCAUCGAGGUGUUAUGCGGACAAAAGUAGAUGAUUGUCAGUUUGUGUGCAUUACUCAAACUGAUUACUAUAGAAUUCAACAUUCGGGAGAGGAAAACAUUAAGAAACACGAAGAAGAUGGUAAUGUAGUAAUGGUUACAGAAUUACGGCCAGGAACCACAGAGAACGGAAGCCGGCGAGGUCAUGUCGUGAUUCGGGGAACUGCUGAAAAACUAAUGCAACAGUUAAUUGAAGAAAAUUCCUUAACUGAUCCUACCUAUGUGGAGGACUUUCUGUUGACGCAUCGUACAUUUAUAGAAAACCCAAUGCUUGUAGCGAAACAGCUGACUGAUUGGUUUGAAAAUGAAGAAAAUACUUCCGUUCUUAACAGUUCUAGUGCUAGUACCUCCACAAAUUCUAGUACGUCUACUCUUAUGACAACUUCAUCGGGAUCUUGUUCUAGCGAUAUAAAAGACCGAGUGGCUAGAGUUGUACUUUUAUGGGUCAACAAUCACUUUACUGAUUUCGAGACAGAUCCCCAUAUGAUGGAAUUUUUAGAGAAUUUCGAAUCAGGGCUUGAGAAGAAAAAUAUGGAGGGGCAACUGAGGUUACUGCAUAUUGCAGCACAUCAUAAAGCUCGAACAAGAGUUACUACACUAACGAGAUCGUCUCGUGAUGAAGAUUUAAAUUUUUCGAUCAUGGGUGGAUACGAACAAGGUUGCGGAGUAUUCAUAUCAAAUGUAGUAAAGAAAUCAAAAGCGGAAGAUGUUGGCUUGAAAAGAGGAGAUCAAAUUCUAGAAGUUAAUGGGAAUAGUUUUGAGCAUGUUUCCUAUAAUCGUGCUCAAGAAAUUUUAAUGGGAACAACUCAUUUGAGCAUCACUGUUAGAAGCAAUUUGUUGGCAUUUAAAGAAAUGUUACAGGCUCAAGAUACUAAUAGUCCACGACCACGUACUACAAGGCGAAAAGUUGUCUCCGAUAUUUCCAAAUUAGCUGGAAUGACUUGUGAUCCGCGUGCUCGUUUGUCUACUGUUGAUUUGAUCGGAAGUAAUAUAGUGGAUCAAGUUGAUUGUGCUGUUUUACCUUCUCCUAUGAAGGAAAAAAAGGAUGGAAUCAAAGGUGGUUUCUUAACACUUGGACCCAAGAGACGAUUGCAAAAGGCUUUGAUCAAAAUGAACCUUCUACCAAAGAAUAUUAAUUUAUUCGACGAUACUGUUAGUGGUGGCACGGAGGAAUCGACAUAUGCACACGUAAAAGAUGCUGGAACGCAAUUAGAUUCUUCAUCCUCAACGUCCUCUUCUUUAAGCAACCUUAGUAUGACCAAGUUAUCUGUUGCUCAAUCAACCGGAACAAGUGUGACUGGUGGAGGAGCAUCAAAAGAGCCUGGUUUAUACCAUUCUCACAGUAAUCCUGACUUGACCACUCUUUAUUACGAAGAUUUUCGAGCGUCAGACUAUCCAGAACAUGUACUCAAAGUAUACAAAUCUGAUCAAACGUGUAAAUAUUUACUAAUCAAUAAGGAAACAACCGCACACGAGGUUGUAAUGCUGGCAUUGCAAGAAUUCGGUAUUCAUGAGUCUAGUAGUAAUUUUUCCUUAUGCGAAGUGAGUGUUGGAGAAGGUGGAAUGAUUAAGCAACGACGACUUCCAGAUCAGUUACAAAAUCUAGCUGAACGUAUUGGUUUAAGCUCACGAUAUUAUUUAAAGACAAAUGGUAUUACGGAAACAUUGGUACCUGAUGAAAUGGCGCCCGAUCUCAUAAGGGAAAGUCAAGUACAUUUUUUGCAAUUAAAUGCUAAUGAAAUUGCUAUUCAAUUAACGUUUCAAGACUUUUGUGUAUUUCGUGCUAUUGAAGCUACCGAAUAUAUUGAUGAUUUAUUUGAAUUGAAAAGUCGUUAUGGCAAGCCAAAGUUAAAGGAAUUUUCGGAAUUAGUAAAUCAUGAGAUGUUUUGGGUUGUCACUGAAAUUUGUAUGGAAAUGAACAUUGUAAAGAGAUCGAGGAUUGUGAAGCAAUUCAUUAAAAUUGCAAGACAUUGCAAAGAAUGCAAAAAUUUCAAUUCGAUGUUUGCCAUUAUUUCCGGAUUGGGUCAUGGUGCGGUGUCUCGACUACGAUUAACCUGGGAAAAAGUACCCACAAAAUACCAACGACUCUUUAAUGACUUGCAAGAGUUAAUGGACCCAAGUCGAAACAUGUCCAAAUAUCGUCAAUUGAUCACAACUGAACUAAUUGCUCAAAAUCCAAUGAUACCUUUUUACCCUGUGGUGAAGAAAGAUCUGACAUUUAUACACUUAGGAAAUGACACUAAAAUAGAAAACUUGAUAAAUUUUGAAAAACUCCGUAUGAUUGCCAAAGAAGUUAGAAUUUUAAGUCACAUGUGCUCAUCAAGUUACGAUAUAAUGACAAUGUUUGAGUUGAAGGGUCAGGCACCCAGUAAUGCAAUGGUUGCUCUAAACCAAAUGAACAUGAACAGCAAUGCAACAACCAUUGUUUCACAUCAAGGAAGUGCAACAGUAAAGCGUCGAAAGAAGUCAACGGCAGCUCCCAAUCCCAAAAAAAUGUUUGAAGAGGCACAAAUGGUACGGCGAGUCAAAGCCUACCUAAAUAACCUUAAAGUUAUUACAGACGAAGAUAAAUUGCACGAGCUUUCAAUGCAAUGCGAGCCUCAUGGAAAUUCUGCGCCGAAUACAGUCACAAUUCGAAAAAGACAUCCAUCCCCUACACUUUCAACCACUAGCAGUACUAGUUCCACUUCAGAAGGCAAGAAAAGUUUAGCUUCAAAUUCAGCUAAUCCUAAAUUUGGUGCUGCCUCACCACAAGCAGUAAAAAAGAUUUUGUCUUUAGCGGAGCCUACAAAAACCAGGCCACAUCAACCAAGACAUAUUCCACUCCCAGGACUUAACUUACACCACAAUCUACAUCAUAAUCAAUUACACACUAGCCCAUCGCCAUCUCCUGGUGCUCAUAGAAGAACUGGUUCCAGUAGUGCUGCCUUCUCAUUCUCAGGCACGAUUCCGAUGCCACCGCAUAGUUUCCCAGUACACGCAUCUCGUAGCGCAGUUCAUGAACGAUCACAUUCAGAUACACCUACUCCAAUUUUGCCUUCCGUAGAUCUUUCUGCUGAGAGCAGCUCUGUGACUUCUUUAUCUGGCUUACCACUUAGAAAAAAUAUGAAUUCAGGCUCUGUUACAUCUAAUGAUAGUGGUCAUGGGUCAUCCCUUCAAACAGAUAAUUGCUUAGAGACUGAUCGAAUUUAUCACAUAACAUCUUCAAUUGUACAUAACACACAAACACCCUCAGGUACUGCUAUUCAAGCUCCUCAGCGAAGACAUUCAUCAAUACAAACAAAUGCUAAUGGAAAUUCUUUCCAACAUGGUGUGUCAUCAGUGUUACCCCCAUUACCUCCUCAUGCCGCAGCUUCUUACAUAAUUCAACAACAACAACAGCUACAACACCCUCCUCCUUAUCAUCACAAUUCGACAUCAAUAUCUAUGAAUAGAAGUAAUGGUGGCAUGCCACAUUCUGCACGAACUGGUGUAAGAGUUCCACCUUCAUACAAUGUCGCGGCACAAAUGGCACGUUUACAUCGUUUAGGACGAGCCCACAGCCACGAAGGUGUAACAACUGGUGGGCUCUCUACUAAUACCACAUAUUUUCACACUCACACUAAUGUUGAAGUUGAUGAGGACGAUGAUGCUCAAGUAUCUGCUGUUUAGAUGCCACUUUACACAUAUUUAUGAUAAAAAAAUAUUUUUUAUUUAUGUUUAGCGAUUCAUUCAAUUGAAAAAAAUGUAUUAAUGUAAAUAUUUUAUCCUUAAGAAAAUUAACUGUCGAAUUUUUAUUUUUUUAAGCAUAGGUACGAAAAUCUCAGCAAUAUUUUGUAAAAAUAGAUUAAAAUUAAUCCAUAUUAAUUAGACUAUUGUACAGAGGUUAUUUAUAAAUAUCAACAUGACAACAACAAAAAAACUAAUAUUAAGUAAUUUCGUAAGUGUCUUUUGUUCUAAGUCAUUUAAUGUUUGAUUGAA